AUGCCCAAGCGACCCUCGACACCAGCCGCAGACCAGGCACGGCUCCCACAAAAGUCCCAGCGGACCAACGAUGGCGGCGCCGACACUGACAUCGGAUCCCACGCCGAGGACUCUGGAAGCAACUCAUCCGUGGAAGAUAUGAACACAUUUUGGGGCGACAUGAAUGACCCGGACACGCUCCUGAAGACGAAGCUGGCGCUUGCGAUCUUUAGCGAUCGACCCCUGAAGCACGAGACCUACGCUGUGGAGUACCUUGCGAGUAUGAGGCCGUUAUCUGCACCAACACCCAAGGCCGACGAGUACCUGACGUACCUGCAGGCAGUCUAUCCAGCAGCUCCAGUGAAGGGCAUGGCCAGGGCGUGGAGCAAGAUGAAGCAGUACUUUGGCGACACCAAGAAGGCAGACCACUCGGCGAUUGAGAAUCUGAUCGAUGUCACAUCACUCAUCGCAGCCUUCAAGGAGGCCCCCGAGAUUGCCACAUCUGAUUCGACCACGUCUACGGCGACGGCGAUGCCACCACCUCCAUCACCACUGAUGGCGAUGCCCAAGGCGGCGACAUCCUCUUCGCGAUCUUCAAUGGCAUCAAGUUGGUCGCGUUUUAACAAUGUCAGCAACAGCAGCAGCAAUGGCAGUGGCAGCGGAAGCGGAAGCAGCAGCAAUGGCAGUGGCGGAGGAUGCGGAAGCAGCAGCGGCAAUCCAACACCAGGCCAGAUCCUGACCAUGAAGAGCCUAUUCAAGGAGAAUUUCAACAAGUUUCGCGGUGGCGCCUGGUCGUUGCCCUCAGGUGCUGUUCUGGACGAGCGUCUCCGUGGUGUUAUCGAGUGCCUGCCCUAUGAGAGCGCGCUCCAUAGUUUCGUUAUCGAGGAUGUCGACGCGCUGCUCCAGCUGUUCGAGGACACGACGGACCAGAAGGAGAUCGAGCGCAUCAUGGUCACGCGCAAGGACGAGGGACUGCCUGUGCUUUCGCCCGCCGAGCACAACUUCCUCCAGCAAUACGACAUGCUACCGGUUGACCUGGACGAGUUUCUCGCUACCCAUGGAUGGCGCAAUGUUGGCGACGCUCUCCAGAACAAACCGUCGGAGGAGUUCCAGAAAGUUGCGCACGACAGCAUCACCCAUGUGCUCCGCAUGUACCAGGAGAGUGACCUCGCCUUCCCCAAGGGCCCCGCGGAGGCCUGGUUCAACAUCCACCUGUGGGGUUAUCUCCGCCUUGCGCUCUCCCGUAGCCGCUCUUUGGAAUACAGGCCUGGAGAAGUCUCCUCGGAUGCCUCAGCCAACCGACGCAACAAGCGACGCACUCGGGACGGUCGGCAGUACGCCGGCCAUAAAGUUGACGGGCUGGUUGUGGUGUCGGCGCGGUCACUCGAGAUCUGUCACAUGGAGGCCGCCAAGAAGGACGGAGGAGCCAACACCACGAAGUGCCUGGAUGACACCAAAAAGUUGCUCAAGCUAAUGAAGGACGCACAUGACAUGAUCCGCGAGAAGGCGACCCAAGAUAUUCGUGAUCGGCUCGUCACUUUCGGGCUGCGCAUCUCGGGACCCACGGCCACGAUCUUCACGCUGCGCCAGCGCCCCGGUCGGUUUUACCAGGCAGUUGCGGAAGCGACCAUGUCAUUUCCGUCUAUUUGGCCGGACGGCGACACGGGCACGAUCAUUGCCGUCAUCUCCCGGAUCCUCAUGCUCCGGAAGGCCAUCCUAGCCAUGGCGGCAUCCGUCGCCACUUGGACCUCGUUGGCCAUCGACGGCCAGAACCCUGGCGGCCAUGGCGACUGGAUCGCGCCCACAAUGACAUCCCCCCAGCUUCUGCCCACUACACCCAUCAUCCCCACUGAGGACAUUCCUCCAUUGAACCUGUAA